UUUAGCUAAACAAAACAAUUUACAAUAAUAAGAUCAUAAUAUACUUACUAUAAAAAUAUGGAGACAUUUGACCAGUGUACCUUAUCAGCACUAGAAUUUUUGUGUGGUGAAAAUAAUAAACUGUGUAGAUUAUGUUUAUCUGUGAUAAAAUCAGAGGAAGGAGCUAUUACACUGGUAAACUCGGUACAAAUUGAGACAACUUAUUGCCGGGAUUCAUUAUCGUAUAAUGCUAUAUUAGCCAAGCUAGGCAUUCGUGAAGAACCUCUUCUGCCUCAAGUUGUAUGUAGCAACUGCUCUACAAUUCUAAUAAAUUCAUACCUUUUUCAACGACUAACUGAAUUCACAAACAAGAAAUGGAAUAUUAUUUUAAAAGGCCUUGAUGACACAUUAACACAGUCAGACAAACUAAAUUUGAAAAAUAUGAAAAGUGCAUUUGCUAUUAUAGAUAAAACUGAUUUAUUUGCCAGUCACCAAAAAUGCACUGCUAAAAGUAAACAAAAAACUGUAGUCAAUUUGAAUAAAAUUAUAAAAUCCUAUAACAACAAGAAAAUGAAAGAAAACGAUGAAUUUGUUUGUGAGGAAUGUGGAAAAACAUUCAAAGCAAAUUUCCUAUUGAUGAAACAUAUGAGGUUCCACAACAAAGAAACUCACCAGUGCACUUACUGUACAAAAGUAUUUAGUAUGCAGAGUUAUUUAGAAAUGCAUGCAGAGAGGGUACAUUACCCCAAAAAGUUAAAAUGUGAAAAAUGUUUAAAAAAAUUCAGUACAAAAAGGUUUUUAAAACAUCAUUUGAGAACACACCAUGUCCCUAUAAAAUGUAAUGAAUGCAAAAUUGAGCUUCCUUCAAGAAAAGCUCUAAAAUUUCAUUUGGACCAUCAUAAAGUAAAUACUUGCCCUUAUUGCAACAAAGGAUACACAAACAUAAAAUAUUUCAAAUUACACAAAAAGUAUUGUGGAAAAAUUGGAAAUGUAGCUUCUUAUACUUGUGAUAUCUGCAAAAAAAAUUAUCAAGCAAAAAAUGGUUUAAAAUCUCACAUGAAAACAGCACAUGGAUUUGGGGAAGUUCUCAGCUGCAAGUGGUGUAACAAAAAGUUUGAUGUUAUCAGUAGACUCAAUGAUCAUAUUGUGAAACACACAAAGGAAAAAAAGUUCCACUGUGAAAAAUGUGGCGGAAAAUUUGUUUCAUCCAAGUCUUUAACCAAUCAUAUACGUCUACAUACUGGUGAACGGCCGUACCCCUGUAAUUUAUGUGAUGAAAGCUUUCUCUCUGCAUCUAGAAGAUUGGAACAUCAGAAAAGGAAACAUUUUGAACCAGCACAUAAGUGCAGUUUAUGUGAUGCCAAAUUUGUAACCCUCCAUGAAAAGCGAAAACAUUUGAAAAGACAUUUCAAACCAAGUAGUAAACUUUAUAUCACAGAAUCUGACAUAGUACCUCCUCCUACUCGGCUAAUCAUAUAUCCAAUUCGGUAAUUAUAUGUAAGGGGUUAAGUGUAUACUUUUUUAUUGUGUGCUUAGAAAUGUAUACU